AUGCCUUUCUUCGAUCCGAACCUCGUCAAGUUCAAGCAUGUGCAUGUAAUUCCGGUACGCGCAGCAGGGUUUUAUGGGGCCGCAUGUGGAUCCUCCCGGGGCCAUACCCCACUAAAGCAUCCGGGGGUUGAACAUGGCCGGCGCCGCCGAGCAAGGAAAAAAAAAAAAAAAAACUUAACGGCAGAAAAUGCCGGACCUACCUCCAGAGAGCUCAGGAUGGCAGAGCAACAGCAGCAACCGGCACAGGGCACACCGCCCAAGACCUCGGCCGCCUCCGCGUCGUCCGCCGCCGUCCCUCCCGGAUACACCCUCUUCCCAGGCCGCAUCCCUGCACCCCUGCAGAGACUCUUUGCCCGCUUCCCGCUCUACACAUACCCGGCCAACGACCUCCCUGCACGAUGUCCUCGGCCCCGCGAGAGCAACAGCAGCGGCAGCAGCAGUCUGCCGACGCUGUACGUCUUCAUCUCCGAUGAGGAUGCCGCCAAGGGCCGGCCUAGCUUCAACCCUACUUGCCUCAAGUGGCAGACAUUCCUUCGCAUAGCAGGCGUCGAGGUCCAAAUCCUGCCGUCGACGAACCACGCAUCCCCGACCGGCGCUCUCCCCUUCCUCCUCCCGCCAUCCUCUCCCACACCAAUACCGGCAAGCAAACUCCAAGCUUACGCCGCAGCCGCCACCAAAACCAACAACACCUCGCAACAAAACCAACAGUCAGAACCACCGACCACCAGCACCCUGACCAAGGAAUCCGAAGCCCUCUACACCUCGCUAGUCGACCACCCCAUCCGCCGCGCCUGGCUGCACGCCCUGUAUCUCGAUCCCGCCAACACCCAGCUCCUGACCUCGCUGUACCUGUCCCCAGCGAGCCGCUCUGCGCUGGCCCAGCGUGCGCUCCACGCGCAGCUCCGCGCCGCCGCGCACGCCGAGCUGGCCGCGUCGCACAACGGCGUCGACAGUCCCGCGGCCGAGACGCUGCGCGCCGACGCGGCGAGGGCGUUUGCGAGCCUGAGCGCCGAGCUGCUUCCGGAGGACGACGGUGGGCGCGACGCACGGCCGUGGUUCGCCGGCCCCGCCGGCCCGGGCCUGCUCGAUGCCGCCGUCUUUGCCUACACGCACCUGCUGCUCUCGCUGCCGUGGGGCGACAGGUCGCUCGCCGAGGCGCUGGUGGCUGAGGCCCCGGCGCUGGUGGACCAUCGGGAUCGCAUGCUGGAGAGGCUCUGGGGCGUGGGUGUACGUGCUGAGGAUUGCGGUGCUUCUGUGGAGUGGGAGAAGGUUUGA